AUGGUGAACCGAAUGCUUAUCAUUGCGCCCCCUUUCCCCGUCUCCUCUCGUCCCUCCCUGCACUCCCUCCCUCCUCUCCCUCCCUGCCACACCCUUCAACCACUCCCCCACUCCCCCUCGCCUCCCCCAGCAUCUGCGUCCAUGGUGAACCGGGUGCGGUGGGCGCCUGACCCCUCCUCGCCCGCCUCGCGGCUCAUCAUGUCAGAGACCACUCUCAAGAGCGCAGUGGAGGUCCCAGUGCCAUUCCGGAUGAUCCCAAGGGACGUCAUAGAGACUGCAGGCAACAAGCUGUUGGAGCAGAUUCUAAAAGACGUCAUAGAAACUGCAGGCAACAAGCUGUUGGAGCAGAUUCUCAAGGUCACCGUGUCUGACGGAUUACAAAGCCUGGCAGGAGUAGAAGUGGAGGGGCGUGGAGAGAAGGCAACUCUCAAAAGCCCCUCUGCUGCCGCUCCAGCUCUUCCCUCCCUAUCCGCUUGCUCUGCUUCUCCGCCUACUGUUGCUGCUUCUAACCCUGAUCUUCGGUUCCUCUCCCUAUCCCUCCGCUCUGUCUCUAUUCCCUCCGCUCUGUCUCUCUCCCCUCUGCUUGUCUCUCCUUGCCUUGCCCCACCUGGGACACCUCGUUGUUUCCCCUCCUCCCCCUACCCUCUCACUCCGUCUCUCCUUGCCCUUCCCCACCUGUCUCUUCUCUCUGUCCCCUCCUCCCCUCAGCUGAAAAAGGACUAUGAGGCGUGGGCUUCAGGGGACACCUCGCGAAAGCCCCUCGGCACAGGGGAGUUGUGA